GGAAUCGACCUACGGCCAGUAGUCGUCCCCGCCCUGCUUCAAACAUUUGGGUUUCAGGAGCCGGGCGGAGGUGACUGCCGCGUGUUUGCGUUGCACGCCCACCGCCCGAAACACGGCGGCGGCCUCAGGGCUGCUGCGGCCUCUGCGGGGGCAGGCCCCGGCGCCCGCCCGCCUCCCGGCCUCCAUCAUCCCAGGGUGCACCGCGGCGGGCGCGGGCCCGCGGCCAUGUUGCGGUAGUUUGUUGUUUUCUUCCUGCGGAGGCGAAGGGGCAGCUGUGGACCGCGAAGCGCCCGGCUUCGUCUCUGCCUCCUGCAGCCCCCUCCCUUCCCUGUCCUCCGUCACCCGUACCCGGGCCCGGACCAGGCACGUCGGCCCACCAGCUGGCUUGGUGGGGGAGGCUGAAGGCCGGGCCCCGCGAGUGCCAUGGCGGCCGCCCUGGGAGCGAGCGGAGGAGCAGGCGCCGGAGAUGAUGACUUUGACCAGUUUGAUAAGCCUGGCGCGGAACGGUCGUGGAGAAGAAGAGCUGCUGAUGAGGACUGGGACAGCGAACUUGAAGAUGAUUUACUUGGAGAAGAUUUGCUAUCUGGCAAAAAGAAUCAGUCGGAUUUGUCAGAUGAAGAGCUAAAUGAUGAUCUUUUGCAGAGUGAUAAUGAAGAUGAAGAAAAUUUCAGUUCUCAGGGUGUUACAAUUAGUCUGAAUGCUACAUCUGGCAUGGUUACAUCAUUUGAACUCUCUGACAACACUAACGACCAGUCUGGAGAACAGGAAUCUGAGUAUGAACAAGAACAAGGAGAGGAUGAACUGGUUUAUCACAAAUCUGAUGGAUCAGAAUUGUAUACUCAAGAGUACCCGGAAGAAGGACAGUAUGAAGGCCACGAAGCUGAGUUGACAGAAGACCAAAUAGAAUAUGUGGAAGAGCCAGAGGAGGAGCAGCUUUACACUGAUGAAGUGUUAGACAUCGAGAUCAAUGAACCUUUAGAUGAAUUUACAGAUGAAGAAUACUUGCAGGCUUAUGGUGGGCAACAAGGGCUGCGAGAGCAGGAAGACUGUGUGGCUGAAGAUGAAUUAGAUGAGAUUACUGAUGCCCAGGUUGCUCCUGCAACUGAAGAGGGAGGUAUGGAAACAUUGGAACUUCAAAAGGACAUCAAAGAAGAAUCAGAUGAAGAAGAAGAAGAUGAUGAAGAAUCUGGACGAUUACGUUUCAAAACUGAAAGGAAAGAAGGAACAAUUAUUAGGCUCUCAGAUGUAACUAGAGAGAGAAGGAACAUUCCAGAAACUUUGGAGCUUUCAGCAGAGGCCAAGGCAGCAUUGCUUGAAUUUGAAGAAAGGGAGCGACAGCAUAAACAAGGACGCUACAGCUCCAGGCGGGGAGGACGGCGAGGAGGUCCACUGAUGUGUCGUGGUGUGGGGGACCAGAGGAGAGAGAGCACCGAGAGGGGCAGGAUGAAGGACCACAGACCUGCGCUGCUUCCUACACAGCCUCCUGUCGUGACUCAUUCUCCAAGGUUAAUUCCUCCUCCACAGCCCCAGGCUCCCCCUCCACCGCCACCGCCGCCUCAGCAGCAGCCGAUCAGAAGCCUGUUCCAGCCUCAGCCGCUGCAGCCGCUGCUUCCGGUGCAGCACCCGCACCACCCAUCCCCGCCUCAGGGAAUGCACAUGCCUCCCCAGCUAGAGACCCCAAGGAUGAUGAUGACCCCGCCACCCGUGACUCCGCAGCAGCCCAAGAACAUACACAUCAACCCGCACUUCAAAGGGACGGUGGUCACGCCUGUUCAAGUGCCCUUGCUACCAGUUCCGAGCCAGCCGAGACCUGCCGUGGGACCCCAGAGAUUCCCAGGCCCUCCAGAAUUUCCACAGCAUACACCUGGACCUGUUCCCAACAGUUUCAGCCAGCCCCCACGACUCCCUCUCCAGGACCAGUGGAGAGCCCCACCCCCGCCUCAGGAUCGAGACCCUUUCUUCUUAGGAGUUUCAGGUGAACCAAGAUUCCCGAGCCAUCUUUUUCUGGAACAGCGAAGUCCCCCUCCACCACCACCGCCUCCUACCCUUCUUAACAGUAGCCAUCCUGUUCCUACUCAGAGUCCUCUACCAUUCACUCAGCCAGGACCAGCAUUUAAUCAGCAAGGACAGCAGCCAGUGUUCCCAAGAGAGCGGCCCGUACGACCAGCCCUGCAGCCUCCAGGUCCGGUGGGGAUUCUGCACUUUAGCCAGCCUGGGUCGGCAACCACACGGCCCUUCAUUCCUCCUAGACAGCCGUUCCUGCCAGGCCCAGGACAGCCGUUUCUGCCCACACACGCACAGCCCAACCUGCAGGGGCCGUUGCAUCCUCCAUUGCCCCCUCCGCAUCAGCCUCAGCCUCAGCAGCCUCAGCAACAGCCCCCGCCACAGCACCAGCCUCCGCACCAGCCCCCGCACCAGCCCCCGCCCCAGCACCAGCCCCCACCCCAGCACCCACCACAGCACCCGCCGCAGCACCAGCACCAGCACCACCACCACCACCACCUGUCCGUCCCGCCCCCUCCUUUGAUGCCGAUGUCUCAGCCACAGUUCCGGCCUCACGUACAGACCGCUCAGCCUCAGGCCAGCAGCAGCCGGAUGCAGUGCCCCCAGCGCCAGGGGCUCCGGCAUAAUACAACUUCUCAGAAUGUAAGCAAGCGGCCCAUGCAGCAAAUGCAGCCCACUGCGCCAAGGAACAGCAAUUUGCGUGAAUUACCCAUAGCGCCGUCACACGUGAUAGAAAUGAGCAGCAGCCGCUGCUCUGCCACGCCCUCAGCACAAGUGAAACCUAUCGUCAGCGCGUCAGCACCCUCGCGGGCCGUGGCGGGUUCCAGAAGCUCACAGGGAAAGACGGAAGUGAAAGUCAAGCCAGCUAGCCCUGUGGCUCAACCUAAAGAAGAGGCAAAAACAGAACCAGAGUUUCCUGAUGAAGAUGAGGAAACAAGGUUAUAUCGCUUAAAGAUAGAAGAACAGAAACGCCUAAGAGAAGAAAUCCUGAAACAGAAGGAGUUACGGCGGCAGCAGCAGGCUGGUGCCAGGAAGAAGGAGCUGCUGGAGAGACUCGCGCAGCAACAGCAGCAGCUGUACGCUCCCCCACCCCCAGCAGAGCAGGAAGAGCAGGCACUGUCACCAUCACCCACCAAUGGUAACCCACUGUUGCCCUUUCCAGGUGCACAGGUCAGACAAAAUGUGAAGAACAGACUUCUUGUUAAAAACCAGGAUGUCAGUAUUUCAAACGUUCAGCCCAAAACAUCCAAUUUUGUACCAUCCAGUGCCAACAUGCAGUAUCAAGGACAACAGAUGAAAGCGCUGAAACAUUUGAGACAGACCAGAACAGUUCCUCAAAGUCAGACUCAGCCGCUGCAUAAAGUGCUCCCGAUCAAACCUGCAGAUGUGGAGGAGCCAGCUGUCCCCCAGACUCCUCGAGUGGCGUCCAUCCAGGGCCGGCCCCAGGACACAAAGCCUGGCGUGAAAAGGACUGUCACGCACAGGACAAACAGUGGUGGUGGAGACGGGCCCCACAUCAGCUCCAAGGUCAGGGUGAUUAAGCUGUCAGGUGGGCAGGGAGGAGAGAGCGAUGGCUUUUUUCACCCAGAAGGCCAGCCCCAGCGGCUUCCCCAGCCUCCAGAAGUGGGACCACAGCCUGCCCGCAAGGUGACGCUGACCAGGGGGGGCCUCCAGCAGCCCCCACAUCUGCCAGCGGGGCCCCACGCACACUCGCCGGUCCCUCCAGGGAUCAAAAGCAUCCAAGGAAUUCACCCGGCGAAGAAGGCCAUCAUGCACGGACGAGGCAGAGGAGUGGCUGGUCCCAUGGGCCGGGGGCGCCUGAUGCCAAACAAGCAGAACCUGCGGGUGGUGGAGUGCAAGCCCCAGCCCUGCGUGGUGUCUGUGGAGGGGCUGUCCUCGUCCACCACGGAUGCCCAGCUGAAGAGCCUGCUGAUGUCAGUGGGACCCAUUCAGAGUUUACAGAUGCUUCCUCAGCAACGGAAAGCCAUAGCUAAGUUCAAGGAGCCAGCCCACGCAUUAGCAUUUCAGCAGAAAUUCCACAGGCAUAUGAUAGAUUUGUCCCACAUAAAUGUGGCCCUGAUCGUGGAGUGAUUCCUAACAAGAGAGCCUGACCUUAGGCUGUACACACACUGUGGAAUUUCUUCAAGGGAGCUGCCGGCCGGCGCAGAACCCCCAGGAGCACAGGUCUCUCCGGGCCGCAGUCCUGCGUAACUGUUCUCCAGAGCGCCAGCCAGCCACGGGCCUGAUUCCAGAGGAGCUGAACUGACAGGACACAGCAGGCUGGAGUUGGUGUUAGAUUGCUUCACAUUCUGUUGUCACCACCAAGAACUCCAAGUUUUUCGUUUUGUUUUGUUUUCAAAGUGCUUACAAUGCAUGUAGACAUUGUUCUUUGUGGUCUGACUCUAUGAUCGAUCACAGUGACUUAGAUUCAGGAAAGAACAUUAACGUCACAAGUUCUAAGUAGUUUUCACAGCAAAGAAUAUUUGAUAAUGGUUGCACUUAUCUUCAGUGCAGGUUAGGAGAGUCUUCUCAACCAAGCUUAACUCGAGUUGUCUUCUCAGCCCUCAAAAGGCUCUUGUACAAAACGUAGAUUAAAAUUUGGGUGAUUGUUGAUUGACCUUUGCAUACCCUGGAAAGCCAGGGUGUGAGUGGGGUGGUUGGGAGUGGUGCCAAUUGAACAGCAGAUUCUGCUUCUUGUCACUGUUUCAAAAGCGUCAACUCUGUGUUCCUAGUUUCGAUGAACUCCCCCUUCAUUUUUAACACACUUCCCAGAUAAGGCAAUGUGCUGGACAGGCACACGGCAUGGCCCUCGGCUAGAGCAGGGUCUGUGAUGGCCUCACCUGGCAGCCCUCUGGCCUAGUUCCCACCACACAUGAGGUGGUGGAAUGGCCUGAAGGUGGAACAGACCUGUUUUUUUCCUUUUUAAAUGCAGUAAGGUGGCCUGUUUAUCACUGGCUCUGUGAUACAUGACAUUCUUUGGGAAUUUGGUGGCCACUGCUUCAGUCACCUCUGUUUUUCUGAAGGCUGUUCCAGCAGGGCUGCCCUGUUCAUCAGCGGAUGUUCACUCUGGCCUGCCGUUCCCCGUGGCAUGCGGGGUGAGGGUGGCUUUCUUCCAGCCCCAAAUGAGACGAGUCUGUGUCAUCAUUGAAACUGCUUUUCGUAAUUGCGGGUAGGUUCCUGUAGGUGAGACAUACUCUCCAUAAAGCUACUGUAGUAGAAUUCAUUCUGGGCAAACACUGAAAAAAGUGCCUUACAGUAUUUCUGCUCAUGAAAGAGUUUCACUAUUUUGGAUAUAUUCUAAAGUGGACCUGAGCUAUUUGAGCAAAUAAUGAUAGGGCAUACUCAGACAUUUUAGCUACCUUUUAUACCUACGAUUUCAUGUCACAUUUACUAAUAGAAUUAAGGGAAAUAGAAGCCCGUUCUUUCUUACUGCCCCUGGAGGGAGCAUGGCGCUAGGGCUCUCAGCCUCCUAGAAGGAAGGGACUAAGGAGAUGGGCACAGACUUGCGUCAUCUCGUUUCCACAGUUGACGUUUUAUAUUACUUUCUCAAAUUAAGUUACCAAAACAAACUGAAGAGCUGAAGCAGGUCUUCCAGACCCUGCGAUCCUUUCUGUAGCAGUGAUUCUAAAGUGGCGUUUGCUGUGUGCUUGAGAGUAACACUGCACGCUGCAGGGGCUGUUGCAGCAGUCAGUCCCAGGAAGCCACAGCGCUUGUAGGAUCUGCUAGGACCCUGCAGCUGUGCUGCCGCCACCUCUGCUCCAGAGUGUCCCAGCCAACCCUCGGAAGAUGGGAUUGCCAGUCAGCCCUGCCUCACCAUGCCUGCAGGAGGCUGUCCAGGGAGCAGGUCUGUGUGCCCAUCAGCAGGUUCCCAUGGCUGUCACUGCCCACUCAUUUCCACAGUUAGAUACGGAUGUGUUGAUGUAUUUCGUCUAGUUUAUUUGGCUCAGUCCACAGCUGCGUUGGAGUGGUGACUUUGGUAGCCCUUGAGCUCUAAUUAAGAGAGAUCCAAACCACUCAGUACCCACUGGGCAGUGGGAAGGCCUACCGACUUAAUCAUUGAGGGCUUACUGAUAACAAUGAAAUGAGUUUCAUGACUUUUUUUUUUUAAACACUUUUUGAAAUAGAGUGUGCUGUGUUUAAAACCAAAAAUAUGCAUGUUGUCUCUGAAAAGUAGGCAUUGAAACAGACUUUUUUGUAGUCAGUGUUAAUAAAACGGAUCCUGUUUGGGCCUUCAUUGUUAAGAUGGACUUCAUGGCCACUGGAAGGUCUGUUUUGGUGUUACCUGAGUGUGACACAGGCCCUGGGGUGUGCGUGUUUCUCUAACUGUCUACACAUGCACAUAGGCAGACUUUCUCAUAGAAUGUUCUUGAAAGGUGAUUGGCAAAGUCAUGCAGGCCCGCCUUAAAGCGCUGAUUAGAACAGUCCAACACAGUCCGACCUCACUCAAUACCCACAACCAUCGAAAAUGGAUUCUUAGUACCAGACAAUCCCAGUAAUGAAGGUUUAGUUUCCUUGAAGGAAACUACAGAAAAGGAAAGAAGCAGAAUUAGAAAGGAAUGGUACUUACAUGUUUGGUGUGCUGCUCACGUGAAGUCAGCCCACACCAGCCAAACCCUCGUGGAAGAUCUGCUGCAACCAUUAUCUUUGUUCUUGAGUUCAUCAUGCAUUUAAAAUGAGAUGCAAGAGCAUUUAGCAUACCAUGUAAAUAUGGACCUUUUAAAAUUAAAAUAUUAUUGGAAGUGCUUUCAACUCAGCCACAUCUUAGCUAUUAGUUCUUUGUGUUGUCUUAUCAAAGUUUAAUGGAUACAGUUCCACAGUUGUUGAUGUGUUUGUGUGUAUAUUCGAUUUUUAUAAAGAUGGUAGUAAGUCAAUACAUUUAUCCUGAUCUGUGUAUUAUUUGUUCACAAAUUCAAGAAGCUUAAAAGUCGUAAAUAUCAGUAUCUCAUAAGGUAAACCAGUAGCUGAUUAUGUGGAGCCAAGUUACUUCUUUUCUUUUUGCAUUAUCUUGUUUUGAUUUUGUGCUGUAAUAGAAGUUCACUUAGCUACUUUAGAUAACCUUGCAUUACCACUGGUCUGGCCACGUUUGUUAAAUCCUUAUACUGAUACUCUUCUAAAGAGUAAAUCUCAUCAUUUUUCCAGACAAAUUUUGAGGGGUUUCUCUGUUUUGUGGACAGGCAGCAGUCUCCGUAGGCACCCGCACCCUGCCUUGCUGGAGGAGAUGGGAUGGGGCGGGAGGUGGCUUCACCGUAACUAUUUUUAAUAUGGGUCAUUCUUAGCAUGAUUUGUAAAGGUCUCAGGCAAACAGUUGUUGAAGCUUGCUUCUGUGGCAUUUCUGAAUUGUGGCAGAGCUUAGAUCCUGCACCCAGGGGUCUUUUUUUCAAACAGCAUCUUGCUCAGUUCUGUGAACAGAAGGCUUUGUUCCUGAAGGAGGUGGAAGAGGAGUUGAGGGUGAAAAGGAGGAAGGGAUGGACAGACCCAGGUGAGGAGAGGCCUGGGGAUUGGGGAAGCCGUCAUCUCAGUGUUAAUAAUCAACUUGCUUCUAACACACUGGCUUAUCAGGGGAGGUCAUCCAGUCCGGUCGGUGGAGUUGAGAGCCCUUGGGCCAGGGUGUUUGGCGGCACAGGGGCAUCCGCUGGAUGGCCUGGAGGAGUGGGGGAGGGGAACGUCUUCACUGGGUGGUGAUCAGCUGGGACAGUUCAGGUAGGGCAGGUGAGGGACCCCCGAGGGCCUGGAGCCUUGUCCUGGGAUGGGUUUGAAGAACUCAUCACUCAUCACUUGUUUUCUUUUGGCUUUUGUUGUUUUUGUUUUGUUCUGUUUGUUUUGUUUUGUAUUUCUUUGUUAUUUGAUUGGGAAGGUAAGCGGAAUGUGCUCAUCGAAGGCAGGUCCUAGUCAUGUAAUUGCACAGGACAAGGAGGUCAGUGUGUGUGAUGGCAGCGUGCUGUGCCGGCACAUCAUGGAGUCCUAGAAACUCUCUAGUCCCUGCGGCUGUUCCCCUCCUCUGCUCUCUCCCUGGAGAGGACUGCCAGCUCUUAGGAAACAUUCGUGGUGCGGUGUCUGCAGUGCCCUUUGUGGGUGACUUCAGGCUUCCCGCUUUCGUGGUGCUCUUCCUGGGAUUUGUUUUUUUAUUGCCCGCCCUCCCUCCUUGUAGGCCUCAGCUGUGGCUUGAUGUAAUCGCUUUUAGACCCAGGUUGGCUUCCCUUCAUUAAGCUGUGAUCCUCCACCCCAUUUUUUUUUUUUUUUUUUAAUUUGGAGUGGGAGGGAAGGGGGUGGGCGAGAGAAAGCUCGAAAGGUAUUAUUGGUUUUUCAAAAAAUUACAGGUGACGAUUCUACCAAGGAAUUGACUGAUAGGAGGGGGUGCAGGACAGGAAAGGUUCAGAGGCACCCGACUACCACCACUUGGAAAGCCCCGAGUCCAGGUCGACUAGGGAAAGGCUUAGAUACUUUAGUGUAUUUAAAGAGCAUUUCAGUUAACUUUUUCAGCUAUUUUUAAAGUUUGUGAAUGGAGUGUUAUUUUGGACAUUCUUAAAUAUGAAUUCUCCAAAGGCAUUUAGCCUUGACUUAAUAUUAAAUCCUAAGGAUUUUAUGUAAGGUUUUUUUGCAACCUAUUUAAUUUUUUUAAAAUGCCUAACUUCUGAGGUGCAUAAGCCCGUGGUUUGUGUACUGGAACCAAAGCGAAACUCACUGAUUCAUAUUGGAUCCCCAGGUAUACCUCCUGCUGGUAGCAUAUGGCUGGAAAAGGCCGUUUGCCUCACACAUUGUAACCUGCCUUGGCUAGAAAAUGCUUUUAAUGUCUCAACUCUCUCUUUUCUGUGUCAUGUUUUGGUAGGUAAUCUUUAAGAUUGGCGGAUGGAACAGGUAUUUUAGUGAGACACUUCUGAGUACUUGCUUUUUCCUUUGACUUCUAACCAACUAAAAGAUAAGGAGGUCUUCAUGUUGAUAUUUUGCUUGGUUUUAUUUUACUGAUUGUAAAAGGUAUAUAGAAAAAUGUAGGCCUUUAAAAAGAAACAGCAUGUAGUUUUUUAUUUUAAUAUGUUCCAUGGAGUGGAUAGGCAGACAGGUACUAUUGUAAUGUAUUCUGUAUUUAAUAAUUUAAUAUACUCUAGAAAGUAGACCUCAUGCAUUCUUUUAGCAUGAUUUUCUUUUAAACUGCUUUUUCAUUUUAAGGGCACCCGUGGCGGAAGCUGGUUUUGCAAGGACUGUGUAAGCUGUAUGCGUUCUAGCUGUAUGCGUUCUGUAGUCUUUUCUUAGGCGGGUAACAUUUUCAGUAACACGCGCGCACAGCACACAGGGGUGCUCUGAGCCGAAGGAGCAAAAAAAGCCACCGCUCGUUUCUAUAAUCCAGCUUUGCUUUUCACAGGCGUGGGAUCCAGGAUGGUGUCCUCUGUGAGGACUUGAACUCUGGGGCUUUAAUUCCACUGUUUAAUUUUCAGGUACCACAGCAGCAAAGCACAGAGUGUGACCUUUUUCAUGUCUGAGCUGAUUCUGUUUGCUCAACGUGCCUGCUUCUUGCUACUGUUCAUUUAGUAAUGGGAUCACCUCACCAUGCCAUGCUCUGGGCUCUCCCUCUCUGUCCAUUUCUGUUUUGCUUUCCUGGCUAAACCCAUCUACCAUUCUUAACACUGGUAGCUCCUGUCCCAUUCCAAGACUCACUCUCUCAGACCUUCCCAUCUCCCUGGCUUUCCAUGCUCCUCUCCCUCCACCUCCUGGCUUCAACUGGGUGAGGGCUGUAUUCCUGCCACUCUGCUCCGCCUCAGCCUUGAGAACUCCACGUGGGCUGGGUGGGAAGGUGCUGAUGAUUUUCACACUGUGUUUACCACUCCAUCACCUCUCAACCUUUGCUUUGACAGGUCUUCACUCACGAUUUAUUCCUCCAGGUCUUUGAUUGGAGAGAGUAACUUUUUAAUUCUGUUGUUUUGCAGUUUGGCUCUGUAGGAGUGAGUGGCGAUUCAAAGAUGCCGGCGUCCGGCAGUGUGCGGUCCGUGCCCUUAACCACCCGCUUCUUUGUUUCCCGCCCCUCUGCUUUCGCAGGAGCUCUUGUGCUUGAGUUCAGUGUUAGUGGUAGCGUGGCUCACUCCACUUGGAGGUGGCGGCCGUCUGACCGUGUGUUACUGCUUUGCCGACGGGGCCUCCCAGCCCUGAUGGGUGUACACUCUGCGGGCUGCACCGGGUGGCUCUGGUUGGGGGCGAAGCUGUGUUGACUGGGAGAGCGUUGGAAAUUGAGACAUGGAGAGAUGACGGGAGUGCGUUUCUCUGGGUUUGAUCUCCAUCCUGUUUUCUCCCAGACACACCACACCUACCUUGGGGGGAUGCCGUUGCCUGUUCCACCCCUUUGUUCACUUCGCGUUAACUGCUGUGGUAACUUUUUCAGGAUCUGUGUGAAGAAUGGUAAUGACGUAGUUGAAAGGAAAAUGUACUGUUGUGUGUUUCAUUUGUGUGAUUUCAUACCAAAAAAAUGUGUUUGAACUAUAUUGUAUGUAAUUUGGAAGUCGUGUUAAUAAAACCCUGCAGUUUCCACUCUC